UCAAAGCUGAAUCCAGCUGACACAGCCUCUCGAGGCAUGAAGAUUGGCCCUUUUUUAAAGUCUUCCACCUGGAUCAGUGGACCGGAAUUUCUCACAAAACAUGAGAUUCAAUGGCCAACAGUGAUCAAAGAAAGACCUGUCCAUUUAGAACCUGAUCCAGAGGUUAAAGAUCAGAUCCUGACAUGCGUAGCUUUAUUGGAAAAAGUGUGUCCCACUACUAAGCUGUUAAUGUACUUUUCCAGUUGGACAAAGCUAAAAAGAAGUGUAGCAUGGAUCCUGAAACUAAAAGAAAGGAUGCAAACAAAGAAGUUGCUAACCAGACACCGUGGAAAUAAAAUGUAUAAUGAUCAGGACAACAAAAUGGAUGUUCAGCUUACAACUGAUGAUCUCUUAAAGGCUGAGGAAGCCAUAGUGAGCUUUGUGCAAAGAAAACAUUUUGGUGAUGAAAUAGCUGCCCUGAGCUCUGGUGCAGUGAAGAAGUCAAGUCAUCUGUAUAAGCUUGAUCCUGUUGUUACUGAUGGUGUGUUGAGAGUAGGUGGCAGACUGAGCAAAGCGGCAUUACCUGAAGAAACAAAACAUCCUGUAAUAUUGCCUAAAGAAAGCCAUGUUUCAAAGCUCAUUCUUCAACAUAUCCAUGAAAAGGUUGGACACAGAGGAAGAAAUCACAUGCUUUCUACUCUUCGACGACAGUACUGGAUCCCUCAUGCUAAUUCAGCAGCUAGAAAGAUAAUCAGAGACUGUAUGGUGUGUCAAAGACAACGACGAAAGCCAGUUCACCUGGAGGUGGCACAUUCUCUUGACACAGAUUCCUGCAUAAAUGCCAUCAGGAGAUUCAUCUGCCGCAGAGGUCAAGUAAAGGAAAUAAGGUCGGACAACGGAACCAACUUUGUCAGCUCAAAUCGUGAGUUAAAGCAAGCCGUGUUGGAGCUAAAACAAAGCAAAAUCCAAAAAUGCUUAGCACAAGAUGGCAUAAAGUGGACUUUCAACCCUCCUUAUGGAGCCCAUCAUGGUGGUGUAUGGGAGCGCCUGGUACAGGAAAUAAAAAGAGUGCUGUGCUCCAUCACAAACCAGCAGGUACUAGAUGAUGAAGGCUUGCACACAGUGUUUUGUGAAGUGGAGGCUAUAUUAAAUGAUCGCCCGAUUACACCUUCUUCUGAAGAUCCCAAUGAUUUAGAGGUUCUUACUCCAAAUCAUUUGCUCCAGUUAAAAAGUAAGCCUGUGCUGCCGCCAUGUUUGAGCCAAAAGGAGGUCCAGUACAUUCGGAGACGUUGGAGGCAAGCCCAAUACAUUGUGGACCUGUUCUGGAAACGGUGGGUGAAAGAAUAUCUUCCUUUGUUGCAAGAGCGACGGAAAUGGAACAAGACUCGCAGGAACUUUGCCAUUGAUGAUGUGGUGCUUGUUGUCGACGAGGCUGCACCGAGAAAUUCUUGGCCUAUUGGAUACAUCACAGAAACCAUGGGAGAUGCAAGUGGAUUGGGUUGA